GCGGGAUCGGGGGAGCCGCGGGGCUGCCCGGUGCUUCCCCCCCGUUGGCGGCUGCUCCACCUGCCCGGGGCUGCGGGCACGGAGCCGGUGGCAGCCACGCAGCCCUAAGGACAAGGUCAAGGCUGGAGGGUCAAUGUCAAGUUGUCUUAGCGGUGGAAGGCGAGCGGCAGCGCUCCUCGCUUUCCGCGCUUUCGGUGCGCUCGAUUGAUUCGAAAGUGCCAUUGUGAAGGGGGGGACGCGCCCCGCCACCGAGGGGCCGAGAGGGCUUCGCUUUCCCUCCAGAGGGGAGGAGGUGGCGGUGGCCCAGCGCGGAGAUGUCAUCGCCCUCCUCGGAGCCCGAACGCCGCUCUAAGGGCCGGGACCCCGGGGAGUCUGGAUUCGGGCACGGCGAACUCUCCGUGAGUUCAGAGUAAAGCCCUAAUCUUCUGUUAAUCACGCCACACAACAAAAAUAAUUAAGGACAGCGUAGCUGGGUGCUGCAGGCCUUCUGCAAGUGAAGCUGCCUGGCCAGAACAUGCUGUCAAACCUCCCUCACCGUGCGGGUCUGGCAGAAACCUGCGGAAAGUACCUCGCUAAUCCCUGUCAUUUCCUCUCGAGACUGGUGAAGACACUCCUAAACCAGAAAAAGUUGCCCCCACCGGCUCCAACAUCAGCAGCCAAACACCUUCUGGAGGGAGAGAUGAUCGCCGGGCACUGCAAACGGUAAAGCACACGGGUGGCCCUCCGGCUUUCCAGUGUGUCUGGGGCUCAUCGGAGGGAAAAAGCCACCUCGAGGAGCUCGGGAUGCGGGGCUGGGAGAAGAAGAGAGGAUUUCGCAGGGACUCGACCGCGAACUUCCUACGGCUCGAGGCACGAGCAGCUCUUCACCUUUUCUUCAUGUUCUGGAUCGAAUCCUUCCUGUUCUGAUCUAACAGAGAUAUCAUUAUUUAACAUAUGACUGCAGUAGACGUGAACGCCGUGUAACUAAUCUUGACAACAUACCUAUAGCUCCAGUUCAUGCCAGGAAUUAAUUGGCUUUAAUCCAAUUGCUAAAACUCGCUUUUCAGCCUUUAUUAUAGUUACUCUCUAGUAACGUGUGGGUGGAUUUGUUUGUAAUUCAGCACAGGCUGUCCCUGGCAUUGCACCACGUCUCGUACCUAGUACAGAACUGUCUGUAACAUCACACCGGGGGGGGGGAAAGGGCAGGUGUGAGGGCAAUUAUUUUAUCACCCCUCCGGUCGGUGGUGGGGAGCUCGAAUUGUUAAGCUAACGUCAGCGGGCAAUAAAAACCUCUUGGAAACCCUGCCAACAUGAACUAGGGGAGGAACACGAUAAAAUAGAAUAUCCAGCUUCUCUGACGCUCUGACUGCGCAUCCUAAGUGGCGUUUCAGCACGGCCUCAACGCGCCUGGGGACCCUGAACGACUCCAGCGCCUCCAGACUCCCUCCGCAGCCGCCCCGGAGUCCGUGCUCCCCAGAAGCGACUGCGAACUGGCUUUAAACGACUCCCAGAACAUUCAUCUUGGGAACACGCACUCUCCUGAAGGCACAGUUUUAACUGUCCGGAUCCCGCGGCUGCUCUCCCCGAUGCCCGUCCGGCCGCAGGGGACGGGAAAAGAAGCCCUCAUGAAUGGCAGAGGAAAAAAAUCAAGAGCUGCGUUUCCUAAAAUCGGCAAAAUACCUCGAUUCAAAGAUAUCAUCACGUAACUUUAUCAACUAAUAAGAAAGGUGCUUGAUGUAUCUGUGACCUUAGGCGGCUGUGACACCCGCACAAAGAGCAGAGGAAAACACGUUGGACUGAUGGAGAAAUUGGUGUCUGAGCGCGUUUGUGAUGAACGCCAAUGCUAAGGGGGCAUGUACUGGUAUUGAAAAUAUUGAUGAAGCUAUAACAUUGCUUGAACAAAAUAACUGGGAUUUAGUGGCAGCUAUAAAUGGUGUAAUACCACAAGAAAAUGGCAUUCUACAAAGUGAAUAUGGUGCAGAGACUUCACAUGGACCAGCGUAUGGCCCCACAAGUCAUUCUACAGCAGCUUCUUCAACUCCUUCCUCAUCCUCAGCAUUUCGCUAUGUAGUGCCAUCUAGACAAAUAGUGGAAAGACAACCUCGAAUGCUUGACUUCAGGGUUGAGUACAGAGACAGAAAUGUGGAUGUAGUACUCGAAGACAGCUCCACAGUUGGAGAUAUCAAACAUAUUCUAGAAAAUGAACUUCAGAUUCCUGCAUCUAAAAUGCUGUUAAAAGGAUGGAAGACUGGAGAUGUAGAUGAUAGUACCGUUUUAAAAACUCUACACUUGCCAAAAAAUAAUAGUCUUUAUGUUCUAACACCUGACCUGCCUCCUCCUUCCUCAAGUCAUUCUGGGGCCCUGCAGGAGUCAUUAAAUCAAAACUUCAUGCUGAUUGUCACCCAUCGAGAAGUCCAGCGGGAGUACAACCUCAACUUCUCAGGAAUCAGUACUAUUCAGGAGGUAAAGCGGAAUGUGUAUGACCUAACUAGUAUCCCUGUCCGUCACCAGUUAUGGGAAGGCUGGCCUCCGUCUGCCACAGACGACUCGAUGACUCUAGCCGCAGCAGGACUGACUUUUCCUUGCCAUCGACUUACGGUUGGAAGAAGAUCUUCACCUGUACAAACGAGGGAACAGUCAGAGGAGCAAUGCACUGAUGUUCACAUGGUUAGUGACAGUGAUGGAGAUGACUUUGAGGAUGCUACAGAGUUUGGAGUUGAUGAUGGAGAAAUGUUCGGAGUAGCAUCGUCUGCCUUGAGGAAAUCGCCAAUGAUGCCAGAAAAUGCUGAAAAUGAAGGAGAUGCCUUAUUACAAUUUACCGCAGAAUUUUCUUCAAGAUAUGGUGACUGCCAUCCUGUUUAUUUUAUUGGAUCACUAGAGGCUGCUUUUCAAGAAGCCUUCUAUGGGAAAGCUAGAGAUAGAAAGCUUCUUGCUAUCUACCUCCACCAUGAUGAAAGUGUACUAACCAACGUCUUCUGCUCACAAAUGCUUUGUGCUGAAUCUAUUGUCUCCUAUCUGAGUCAGAACUUCAUAACCUGGGCUUGGGACAUGACGAAAGAAGCGAACAGAGCAAGGUUUCUGACAAUGUGCACAAGACACUUUGGUAGUGUCGUAGCCCAAACGAUUCGAACUCAGAAGACGGACCAGUUUCCACUUUUCCUUAUUAUUAUGGGAAAGCGAUCAUCUAAUGAAGUAUUGAAUGUAAUACAAGGUAACACAACAGUGGAUGAGCUAAUGAUGAGGCUGAUGGCUGCAAUGGAGAUCUUCAGUGCCCAGCAGCAGGAAGACAUAAAGGAUGAGGAUGAACGUGAAGCCAGAGAAAAUGUGAAAAGAGAGCAGGAUGAAGCAUAUCGCAUAUCACUGGAGGCCGACAGAGCGAAGAGGGAAGCACAAGAGAGAGAGAUGGCAGAGCAGUUUCGCUUGGAACAGAUUCGGAAAGAACAGGAAGAAGAACGUGAGGCUAUCAGGCUGUCUCUCGAGCAGUCUUUGCCACCUGAACCGAAAGAGGAGAGUACCGAGUCCGUCAGUAAACUGCGCAUCCGGACGCCCAGCGGAGAAUUCUUUGAGCGGCGUUUCCUGGCCAGCAGCAAGCUGCAGGUUGUCUUUGAUUUUGUAGCUUCCAAGGGGUAUCCUUGGGAGGAGUACAAACUUCUGGGCACCUUUCCGAGGAGAGAUGUGACCCAGCUGGAUCCAAAUAAAUCAUUACUGGAGGUAAAACUGUAUCCUCAAGAAACACUUUUCCUGGAGGCAAAAGAAUAGAUCAAACAAGAUUGUAGGACUAAUCAUCCUUUGAGAAGCCAGAGGCACAUCAUCGAAAGGAAAACUAUCAAUUCCACCUUGUACUCAUCCAACUCAACUCAAUGUCACGACUUUGCCUCUUGCAAGAAUCCUGAAAAAAUGAAAAAACAUAGCUACUCAAAGUUUCACAUCCAUGAUAUAUGUUUCCAACCUCAUUGAAAUGAGCAGAGGAUAAAAUUCUGCUAUGAACACUGAACAUUAUGACUCUGUUGCUUACUUAUCAUCCAGCUUUUGUUAUAAUUAAUGCACUGUUAAAAUGUGAGUGAUUGUUAAGUAGAAUUUUUACUCCUCAAAUGCCCCUUUUUCACCAAGAAAUCUUAGACAUUUCUGCCUGUACUUUUGACACUAGAAUGCUGUAUAUUUGAUAUCUCGCUGAGCCAGUGCUCUCAUAUAUAUGCAUUUUAUUUCUGUGUUUGAAUUUCUACUUUGUCAACUAAUUUAAAAAGGCAGAAAAAAAUAAUGGGACAUUCUCAGCCAUUGAAAUUUAACAGUAUUAUAGUAGAAAGCAUAUAAUUUUUGUUAGUACUUUCUGACUUCUUUGAUAAGAUGUAAGGUUUUGUUUGAAGAAUAUAGUUUGACAUAUAUGCAAGGUAUUUAUUUUCUGGUUCUGCUUUGGGUCUCAGUUCUGGUUCAGUUUAGGAAGUAUUUUCCAUUACAUUGCAGUGUGUGAAACUGCUUAUUGCAUGAUGUGAAUAUUUAAAUUACAUUAGAAAUGGCAGUGCCAGAAACCUGGUAUCUUGCCAACACUUCAGGAAUCAGCUGAUAUUGAAUAUCAGCUGUUAAAAACCUUUCAAGUACCAGAUACAAAAGUUCUUUAUUUCUCAUUGUGAAAGAAAGGGCAGUUUCCAUUUUAGCAGUUUUCCUUCAUUCUGGCACUUGUUUGUAUCCUAUUACUCUGCUGUUUUAAAGCACCUUGUUUGUUUCAUCAAACAAUGAGUAUCUUAAGAGGUGGUGUAAUAAGAAAUCUGCCUUAUUAUUGCACACUUUGGACGUUUUAACAAUAGAUUGCUGAUCCCAUUUCAAAUUUAAAGAAAUCCUAAUUCUCCUGUCUGAAAUGUAUGCACCAGCUAUCUGAUGUGGAAAAAUCUGGUACUUUAAAUUUCUCAGCCACAGAAUGAGCAUUCUUAGUCUAAGACCGUAACUUACACUUGAUGCUAAAAUUGCAUCAAAACUGGUUUAACUAUUUUUUUUUUGGUUUGGUUUUGUUUUGUUUUUUCCUUAAUCUCUGGUCCCACAGAACAGUGCACGAAAGCACUACAGAAUCCUUAUCUGCUAAUCAAUAUUUUUUUUAAAGCCUGGCAUAUUGUUUUCCACAUACGUUUCUAUGUAAUGCGUAGUGUAUAUCCUAGCAAAAUGAAUUCCAAUUUGAAAAUUUUAUACUAAACAAGAAUAAACUCCACACAUCUUUUUAGUUUUUCUUUUUUUAUUUGGAAGGAUGGUGAUAUAAAAUUAAAUGUAUGCCUAUUAUUAGGGUGUUAGUGAAGGUGAUAUAUUGUUACCUUUACCAAAAAUGCAAAUUUCUGAGCGGGGAAGCCUUAUUCUACCUUUUGUAAUUCUGUAAUUAGUGAGUGCUACAUCAGACACUUUUAGAAGUGAAAUAUCUAUGGCAAACAAAAGGUUUGGAAGUGUAAGCAAAUUCUGAUCAUUUGCAGUUCACAAAUAAAGGAAUGCAUAGCCAACAGCAAGAUAAAUGUAUGUGUAAUGGAAAGCUCAAUGCAGACACUUCAUUCUGAGAUUUUGUUUUCUUAUAAAAAUAUCCACUAUGUUUAUUAAAUAAGAAAUUAUCAUAGGUUGCAAACUGGGGUGAUGCUGUUUCUACAAACAAUCACAGUAACACAUGCAGCAGGAUUUGAAAGUGAUGCAUAUCUUUUUUUUUCAGAUUAGCUUUUCCUUCUAUGCUGGCUGUUGAGGAAAGGAAUUGCUGAAAUACUGCUACACAAAGCAGAGCGACCUUUCAGCUAACUUGUUUAUAUUAAUCUAUUCUGUUUAACUUUUGUUUGAUCUCAUCAGGCUGUUUUCUCUCACUCAACUUUAUUUCUGUAUUUUGACUAUAUAUUCUUUACUUUGAUACUAGUUUCAUAAAGGUAUUAAAUGUGGCUUGAAUAUUUGUUGAAUCUGUUGAAGUCAGUGAUCCCAGGGUUUGUUUAGCCUUUUUUUUUUUCUAAACUCUUUUAUUAUUUUUUCCCUCAUUUUGUUCGUAUUGCAAAAUACACUGUCAUUAUCAAAGUGUUCUAGUGGUAAUUAACUGGAAGUGUUCAAAGUGCUGGCAUUACUGCCCUCUGGUAUAAAGGUAUCAAGAUGAGUGUGCGGGGAUCAUUCUGCCGCAACUUAAACAAGUGUAUCACUCUUUAAAUAAAACAUUUAUGAUUUUGGUCCUGAAAUACUUCGGGCCUGAUUUCAAGAAGCAACCAUCCAGAGUCACCUUUCCAAAUUACAACCUCAGUGCAAACCAAUCCUUCUGUAGAAACAUUAAUAUUCUUUGCCAUCAUUUUCUGCUCUCCUAAACCAUUAUAUUCACUUCACAUGCUCUGCUGACAUGGUUAAUCCUCCAGUUGGUCUACAGACUGAUUUUGUAAUUCAGUAUUACUCUAAAACUGUAACAUUUGCUACAGAGCAUAUCCCUGAUUCUACCUUUUUAUCUUCAGGUUCUUCACAUUAAUGGAUUAUCAUUAACAUGAUUAAUGCAUUAGUUUUAAAUCUUAAGGAAUUACUGUUAAUGAAUGGAAUCCUGUGCGAUGUGUUGGCUUUCAUUACUGGCCUUCAGAGCAUUACGGUGAAGGUGGGGCGUUCUCUGGCUUUUGAAGAAACUUCCUGCCUAUUGACAUUGGUGUUUGAAAUCACUAUUAGAGAAUAUGCAGAACCAAAGUGUUUGGUCUGUAUUCUCUGCGUACGCGCUCUUCAAUUUAGUGAGGAUGCUGAGGGUGUUUCUAAUGGAGCUAUGUCGGAGGGCUUGUUUAUUCUUUUUAAUGUAGCAGAAAAGGACUUAAGCUUUCGUAAACUGUACCUACUCAGUGACAUUAGAAACUUAAAAUAAAUUUUCAAUUACAAUGAUA